AAACCCGGUCUGGAUCAUCACUGCAUGCUUUAAGGUGCUAAUGAGCGCGCGCGCGUGUGUGCAAGUUCCUCUGCUGCAGGGGGCGGAGUUAGAUUGUUGUAUUGCCCCACCCCAUUCUCUGUUCAGAUUAAUCAGGAUGGUGUGGAUCUGCUGCUUCAACACGUUGAGAUCAAACCUGAAAUCCUGAAUCAUCUCCUCAAAAGUUUGUUGUUGGUCUCCAUGUUUUUAGCCGUGGUGGUUCUCAUCCUCCUGAUCAGUGUGGACAACUGAGUGUACAGACAGGAGAAGAACGACAGGGUUCCACCAUGCAGAACAUCCGAGAACCUGAGAACAGCUAGAGCGUCUUCAGGUCGUAUCCUGUCUUCGAUGUCGCAAAGAGCAGAUUCCGGAAAAGCACAAUGGAAAGUCAGAAUCGUCCCGUUCAAACCCCCAGUGCAGACAUGGAAGCACAGGAUGUGAUUCCGAAUGUCGGAGGCGAGAACACGGCGUCAACGCAAAUCACCAGCAAUGCUCGCCAAGGCCGAGUCGCCAAACUGAAACCCAACGUGAACUGCAGACGCAAGCGCGAGUUCAUUUCUGAGGAAAAUAAAGACGCGUCAUACUGGGAAAAACGGCGCAAGAACAAUGAAGCAGCCAAGCGCUCACGGGAGAAACGCAGACUCAACGACAUGGUGCUGGAGAACCGCGUGAUGGCACUCAACAAGGAGAACCUUCGCUUGAAGACAGAGCUUCUGCAGCUGAAGCUCAAAUUUGGGCUCAUAAGUUCCACCUCCUUCAUGGAGAAAACGCAACAAAUCAGCAACGCUGCAAAAAACAUGCACACUUCUGAAAAUCCACAUUUCCCGAGCAUCCUGAUGAACUCUGACUCGUCAGAGGCAGAGCAAAUUACUCCAAGUGAAGGUCAAGCAUCGUUACCCACCUUUUCUUCCCGAGGAUCUCUGUCCGAUUUCUCAGACGGAUCAUCUCUGGACUGCCCAGAACCGGCCAAUUACGAUAUGAAGCAAGAAGGCGCAGGCGUUCACGUCGGUGUCAUCAACGGCAUCGCGAGCCGACGUCACGGUCGAGCGCAGAAGUACCACGGCGACACGCGAGAACAUCACGAGUCUCAUCAACCUGCUUCUAACCAGAGGAGUGUGAUUCUCUACAGCAGCAGUUCGUACAUCAUUCAGAACCAAGCAGAUCCAAAGCAAACAGGAAGUGAUGAUCCACCAGGACCGUACGCUUUAGAGACUCUCUCAGAAGUGGCUCAGCAGCUCGCAAGCAGAUCGCUGGACGUGCCAAAUUACAAUUACGCCAACAGUGAAAUAGGUGUUCACUACCCUGUGCAGGACCAACAUCUACUGGAUGAAGCUGAUCCUCAGCACCAGAACAUCUACCUCAUGGAACCACCAGCACUAACCUACGAAGGCAGUCUGAGAGACGACAGGUUCUCUUCUUUGAGUAAGGACACGUCCUCGAGUGACGGAGAUCCUCGCAGCUCAGACAAAGAAGUGUCCACUGAUGAUGAGUCUCCAUCUUCUUCGUCCUCAGAAACGGGUCAGAGCUCGCACUCUGGUCAGAACGGAGAAACCAUUAAAACAACAGCGUUACCGCACAAGCUGAGGCUGAAACACCGAGCUGCAUCCAGCGAGGAUUCCACCUCCAACACCUCAGCCUCAGCACUGCAGUACAGACAAAAGCUCACGCAGAGCGCUGAUGGACCUCCUGAACCUUCUCCAUGCACAGGCAGCGUGAGGACAGGAUCAGGAUCACAAGGAGGCAGGAAUAAGAAAUGUGACUAAGAUGGUUCCUCUGGUUCCACAAACAGAUGUUUCAGAGCUCCGAGACUUGGGUCAUCUCCGUCAGCUUGCUUGUUCUCAUGAAUGUACUGCGUUUUUCAAAUUCUGUUAAACUUAUCUUCUGACAUCUUCUGGAUUCCAGCUCUGAAGGAGAUUUGGCCUGGUUCCUCACGCUGGAGCUUGGACUCCAUGUUGGACCAUCGUGCUGUGAUGAAGUCAGAAGGUCAGAAUUUGGUAAAAGCAAAGCUAAAGUGCACUGCAGUCCCAAAACCUCACGAGCACUUCAUCUACUUCAGCACUGCAGGAAGACUCUCUCAGCUUCACCCACAUCAUCCCAGAGCAUCAUGGGAACAACUGGAGGGAGGAGACUACUAACAGAACUUCUCUGAUCAGGAACGAACGAUUCGCUGGAGCUGAAGAAGUGAGAAGUCCUUUAGUCCUUCAGAAGGAACUUUUUAUUAUUAGCACUUAAACUCUUGUCAGUCAUGUUGCGUGUGAAGACUUUAUCGAGCUGAGCCACAGAUUCACGGUGAUUUAGAUCAGAUACACACGCCAGUGUUUGAGAUUUAACCCUGCGUUCACACCGACAGGUGACGAGUUACUCGUAUUGCAUGCAGUUUGUCGUUUGUGGGCGUGGCCUGUCCAGAUAAGAAACAGUCAUAGGUUUAUCAUUUCUCAAUAAUAAUAAUAAUAAUAAUGACGCACUCAUCAGUGUGUAAACCUGUGUGUGAUUUAUCUGUUACACACUUUUUUUCUUGCAGUUUUAUGGAAAUAAAUUGCAGGUAGGAACUAAAGUUGUGAGCGGGGAACUAAAGAAAUGUCGGACCUCGUGCUCCGUCUGAUUGGUCUGAGGAACUGUUCGUAACAAUCAUAUGAAUUUAUCACUUCUUUAGAGUCAUACCUAAAGUGCGUAGAAUUGAGAAAAUCUCAGUUUAAAUGUCGCUGAUAUCGCAGCUCGUGUCGGUAACGUGUACGUGGAACAUGAACACUGUCGCUUCGUCACUCGUUAGUGUGAACGCAGGACGCGUUAGUCGUUUAGCACGCGAGUCCACAGAAACACGGUCCCCCCAAAUCCCCCCAAAUCCCCCCAAACGCACAGUGUCACCUGCUGUAGGAAAAAUGUCGUGCCCCUAGGGGGCAGUGUCUGUCACGAAGCGUUCACCAGAACUUCCUGCGAUUUGUUGGUGUAAUAAACACACAGGUGUAAUUAAAGUUACAGCUCGGACAUGAAACUCCUCCAAGUGGAACAUGUUCAGGUUUCAUCAGGAACAUUUUCUCCUCUUGUCUUUUUUAAACAAAACAUAAAUGUGUUAUACGUUAUAAAUGUCACGCUAAUUUUAAACUUAAUUAAUAUCCAAAAGCAUUUAAAAAUGUAAACAGUUUAAAGUUUUUCACAGCCCACUACACGAUGUGUUUAAAUAAAUGGCAAAAACAUGUUUUAGUUUUUAAAAAUGUUAAAGA